CAUUCCUUCCGUUCUGUACUCAGUGUAGAGAAGACUUUUUGCAGAUGUGUUUCAGCAUGGGUAGUUGAAACAACGAGCCAUACGCUAGCUACUCAGUAUCACAACUUUUUGAAAAUAAUUUUGUUCUUCAACAAUAAAAGAUCCUUCGUAAAUGGAACGCGGAAUAUAUUGACCGGGGAGUUACCUGUGCUCUACUUAAACUGACCUGUGAAUUUUUAUUCAUUUAGGCUAUUCUUUUUUAGCUCGACAAGAAAAAAUGCCAGUAGCAACUCUGUUGCCUUUCACGGCUACUCCGAGUAGGAAGUCUGCCAGCCCGACUUCCUUCAGACUGACGGAGAAAUUUAUUUUACUUUUAGUUUUCAGCGCUUUUAUCACUCUCUGUUUCGGAGCAAUCUUCUUCUUACCGGAUUCGUCCAAGCUUCUCAGUGGAGUUUUCUUCCAUUCGUCUUCAGUGGAAACGAACACUCGAACAGGUACUGACAGCGAUACCAGCAUUGGAGUGGGAAACGAUGAGAAGAUACUGGCCAAAAUUCGAAAAGACCACGAAAAGGCGCUGCUUGAAGCUAAGGACACUCUUCAGAAACGAGCAGAAGAGAUCCAGCAAGAUAUUAAAAUCGAAAAGGAAAAAGUUGCCAAAGAAGGUGUCGGGAAAGGAGAAAAAGAUAACAGUUUACCAGUUUUAGAAUAUGUUCGACCACCCGGAGCAACCGGGCACGAGCCGUCAGAUCCGGAAACCCGAGAGAGAAGGAAUAAAAUAAAGGAGAUGAUGAAGUUCGCCUGGGACAGCUACAAGCGCUACGCCUGGGGAUCCAAUGAACUCCGACCCGUCUCCAAGCAAGGCCACUCCAGCAAUUUGUUCGGGAGCAUCCAGGGCGCCACCAUCGUGGACGCCCUGGACACGCUGUACAUCAUGGAGAUGUACGAGGAGUUUGACGCCGCCACCGAGUGGGUGGAGAAGAACCUGGACUUCAACGUGAACUCCGAGGUGUCCGUCUUCGAAGUGAACAUCCGGUUCGUCGGAGGGCUGCUGUCGGCCUACUAUCUCUCGGGCAAAGAGGUGUACAGGAAGAAAGCGGUGGAGCUGGGUGAGAGGCUGCUGCCGGCCUUCAAAACCCCCACGGGCAUCCCCUGGGCCCUGCUGAAUAUGAAGAGCGGGAUCGGGAGGAACUGGCCCUGGGCGUCCGGCGGCAGCAGCAUUCUGGCGGAGUACGGCACCCUGCACCUGGAGUUCAUGCACCUGAGCAAGCUGUCCGGGAAGCCCGUGUUCGCUGAGAAGGUUAUGAACAUCCGGAAGGUUCUGAAUCGGCUGGACAAGCCGCAGGGACUGUACCCCAACUACCUGAACCCCAACAGCGGGCAGUGGGGCCAGCAUCACGUGUCGGUGGGGGGGCUGGGAGACAGCUUCUACGAGUACCUGCUGAAGGCCUGGCUCAUGUCCGACAAGACGGACGAGGAGGGGAAGAAGCUGUACUACGACGCUCUGCAGGCCAUCGAGACCAACCUGAUCCGGAAGUCGAGCGGCGGUCUCACCUACAUCGCCGAGUGGAAGGGGGGGCUGCUGGAGCACAAGAUGGGUCACCUGACCUGCUUCGCCGGGGGCAUGUUCGCCCUGGGGGCCGACGGCGCCCCCGACGACAAGACCGGGCACCAGAUGGAGCUGGCGGCGGAGAUCGCCCGGACGUGCCACGAGUCGUACGCCCGCACCAGUCUGAAGCUGGGCCCUGAAGCCUUCCGCUUCGACGGCGGGGUGGAGGCCAUCGCCACGCGGCAGAACGAGAAGUACUUCAUCCUGCGGCCCGAGGUCAUCGAGACCUACAUGUACAUGUGGAGGUUCACCCACGACCCCAAGUACAGGCAGUGGGGCUGGGAGGCCGUGCAGGCCCUGGAGCAGCACUGCAGGCUGGAGGGGGGGUACAGUGGGGUCCGGGACGUCUACGCCGCCCACCCCAACCACGACGACGUCCAGCAGAGCUUCUACCUGGCCGAGACGCUCAAAUACCUGUACCUUCUGUUCUCUGAAGAUGACCACCUGUCAUUCGAGCACUGGGUAUUCAACACCGAGGCCCACCCCCUGCCUGUCAUCAAGAAGGACAACACAGAGAAGCCAAGCCAGCUGGAGUAGGCCCGCCUCCACCCCACAGCCACGCCCACGCCGGAACUCCGCCUUCAUUAGCACCGCCCCCUGACACUCACAGCCCCGCCCCCUUACCAGUGGGCAGCUACACGAUCCCCUCCCACAAUGGGCAGAGAGACCAACCGCUUUUCCUUUCACGGGCAGGGCUAGUGACCUCCCACUUCCUGUUUUGGGCGGAGCCGUCCGGGAACGUUCCGGUCCACGCGGCCAGGUCGGGAUCUCGACCCCGCCCGCGGCCCAUCACCCCUCCCCCCCCCUCGCGCGUCUGCAAGCUGGCUGAUGUUCAGAGGCACCGCCCCCCUCCCUCCCUCCCUCCCUCCUCCCCAAGACUGUGAGUAACUCUGAGUGGCCAGUCGACCCGAGUGCCCUUGUCGUCGUCAUGCCAACAAAGAUAGCAGGCCGCAUGCUGCCCGUUCCUUCUCCUUUUAUCCGAAACCCCUCCAGCGUUUGAGGCUGCGAGAUCCAACCCUCUCCUCCGUGAGGAGUCCUAGGACACUUUCCGCUGUAAGUUUUGCUGUCACAAAAAAAAAAAAAAAAAAAAAAAAUCAAGAAAAAAUCUAGAAAAAAAAAAGCCAUACGGAAUUGAAGAUAAAGCUUUAUAUGAUUUGGGAGUUGCUCGUAUUUUGUUCAUUUGUUUUGUGCAUAUAUGUAAAAAAAAAAAAAAAAACAGUGAUCUUUAAAAUCCGAAUAUUUUUGCCUGUGACGUUCGUUUUUGUUUUGAUUUUAGUGGCCGUUAAAUGGUUUGAUUAAUUAGGAUUUUGUCUUAGUAUGCAGACGUGGGGCUCUGUUUUAAUGCUGGUAGCCAGUUUUUCAGUAGUUAUAUCCAGUCAGAUUAAAAUAGUGCCUUUAGUCUAAAAUGGUGUGUAAAAUAAGCAGUUUUUACAAAAAUCGCAAGGUUUUAAUUUAUUUCUUGAAAGAAUUUAUGUAGCUUUGAAGGGUUUUCUCAGCUUGAUAAUUUUAUAACCUGCGCCACACUGCCACCUGCUGGUGGCCACCACACCAGAGCUCAAUGCCCAAAUCUGUGAGUAAUAAACAGAAUGAAGUACCCUGAGGAGAGGCCCUUGAAACUGAAUUAACGAGGUGGGCGUAUUUAUGACCUUUCUUCUUAGAAUGGGGAUUGCGUAGACAUUUUAGUUAAUCACACAUAUCAACACGCCAUUAAUUAAUCUAAUCAAGAUUCAGCAGAUCCAUCCAGUCAGCAUUCUGGAAUCGACAAAGAAUUACAUGGUAGUCUGUUUGUAGUACAAACCAAGAAAUCUAUCGAGGAGAUUACACUUGGUUCAUUUACUGGUGUUAAUUUAUUUAAUACUCAUAAAGUUCAUCUGCAGUAUCAGAGGUUUCCCCUAGGGGGCUCUGUGGAGUUGUGUUGAUAUUAAAUUGAUGGGGAAAAGUAGAGAUGGAGCAGAGGACGGCAGGAAAUAGGAUGUAGGAGUUUUGUGGAAUGAAUGAAUCGUAUGAAUGUACCAUCAAAUGUGAAGUGAAAAUAAUUUUGCCUUUUGUGUUGCUUUUUUUUCUCUCUCGAAAGCACAAAAUGCUGAAACGGUGUCUCGUAACUCAAGAAAGAUGUUUCAGGGUGCCAUUUAGAAAAAACGAGCACAAGCAGGAAUAUCAUAAAAUGUAAUUAAAUGCAAUGAAAAGAUGCAAGGAAAACGAGAACUAAACGAUCUGUCCUACACUGGAUUCUGUGUAUAACUGUAUAUAAGAAGCAAAGGGGAGAAAUGACGUGUCUUACUUGUAGGAAUUCCGUCACUCUCAUUCCAGGAGUCUUGUGGGCACGCACUACACACACACACACAUAAAUACACACGCAUAUACUUGUAAUUGUAUUAUAUUGCUGAUAGUAUUCCAUUACACACACGUACAUACACACAAUAGCUACGUACUUAGAAGAAAUCAAAGAUUCAAAGUCCUGUGAGUUCAAAACUCCCCUUCAGCAUUGCGUGCCCAACUGGUGUUGCAGGACCUAAGGAAUUUCUGAUCUCUUUUGUCAAACAAUUUGUGGUCGAUAGGGGGCGCUGCAGACUAUACUGACAAUCACACUUGUUUCUGCCCUCUCACACUUUGUUGUUCCAAUUAACACUUCUGACAUUUAUGACAUUUUUCGGUCCAUUAUUGGGAUCCAUAUCAAGACCUUUACAAAAUGAGAACACUAUAGCCCCUGAGUUGUACAUUUUAAAAAGACACGGUCGACUAACCGCAGUGAGCUUCGUUGAACCGCCACGUUUCGAGCCUGUUGUUUUCUAUUUGAAGGACUAUAAUGAAGGACUGUCAUCUCUCUUUAUCGUGCUCUUGUAGCAGCCUGAGAUCAAUCCUCGGUGCAGGGCACUGAGUUGUGAAAUCGGUGUGCUUUCCCUUGCUAUUCCGCUCUUAGCUCCUGGUGUUUUUUAAGAUGCGCGGGAGUUAGCGUUCGGAAGAAAUACCGUACUGUACCGCAAGGAGAGACUCGCCCUCACAAAAACCAAGACUCCUAAUUCAGCUGCCACUGUGCGAGGGAAAGCUAUCGCUAAUCACUGUGACACUGUUCAUUCAGAAUACUGUUUCGCUGACAUUUUGCCACACGCUGAGAUGCGCUCUUUAUCAUAUUUUUUCCGGCUUUGUGCUCAUGAUGGCAUUUUUUAACUGACAUCUCUGUUCCGCAUGGGUGUCACGAGAACUUGACGAGGACAGGCAGGUUUGGCGCUACAGUAAUAGGACACGGUGAGCCCGAGGCUCGCGCUGGAAACACACUGAAACGCUUUAAAAUGUACAUUAUUCUGUCAUUUCCUUGCAUCUUUCUUUCGGUUUGCAUAUUAGAUGAUGUGCUGUUUUUUUUUCUUCAAUUGAAUUUGUGGUUAAAUAUCGUGUUGACGAUCUUGCUUUAAAAUGCCUUUUUAUUUGUGAAUCUCUUGUUAAUGGUUUCGUGAAACAACCUCCAGAUGUAAUUGUACUAUAUUGCCGAUAAUCAUUCCAUUGCACAUAUUUUAUUUUCAUUUAUAUGCAAUUAAUUUGGGGGGGAUUGUUCUAUUUGUUUUGUUUAUGUUUUUUUGUUUUGUGUGUGUGUGUUUUUUUGGUUUUUUUUUAUGUAAAUAUUCCAUUCAGGCAAAUAUGCCGGUCUACAUUUAUAUAAAUCCUAUGACCUUAUGGAAUAAAAGAUAUUACCAAGCAGCAAAAUUUUUAAUAAACUAUAUUUGUUACACUUCUAUUGUGAAUAAAAGAAAUCUUUUAAUAUA